GCUAUUUCGUUGUUGACGGUUAGCAAGAAAGGCGGUUAACGGGAGUACAAAAAUAAUUUGAAAUUCGUGUUUGAGAUAAUGAUAAUGUCUGCAUUAUGUGUUGACAGGUCUAUGAUUGUUUAGAAACUUUGUAUUUUUUAAUGAAGUAUAAGGUAAAUAUUGAAACCUUUGUCAAACCUUUAUGUGACGGAAGAUUUCUUGCAUAAAGAAGAUAAAAACCAGACGUCAUAAUGGACUAUGCUCAGCGUUUACAAGAACGUGUGGCAGCACGUCGAGCGAAGUUGGCGGAGGCGGCGGAGAACCAGAAGAAGGCAGAAGAGAUAAAAAAUACACCGUUAAGGGAAAGAAAUCCAGCAACUUCAAUUCCGACCCUAAAGAUAAAAACACAGGAAGUGACCUUGGACGGGAACGCCAAAGGCAUGACGGUGACCAUACCAAAAGUGCAUGUGGUGCGCGGGAGCUCGGAGGAAAAGGAAAAUUCGGGAAGAGGAGGCCAGGCUUCGGAGGUGCUGAUAAACUACAAAAUGGUCCAUGAGCGCGUGGAGAAGCUGAAGGAAAUCACAUGUGAAGGCAACAGGUCAGGGGAAGUGGAAAAAGUGAGCAGAACAACGCAGAGAGAGAACGACGGAACUGGAGGCGUUGGGGUGGAGAGGCCAGUGGAGUUGGAGCACCCACAACAUGACAACAGCAGUGCUGGAAGCGACGAAGACAGGUCGGAAGACGGGCAGGACGAAGCCAGCGGAAGCAGUGAUGAAGAGAAAACUGAACCAGAAGAGACUGGACCAGCAGAGCAGGAGGCGGCUUCCCCCACUGCUCAGCCCCCUGUGGCAGGAGACAACAUUAUGAGGGAUGCUGUUAGGGAUAAUUUACACAGACUUGGCAGGCUUUAUGGAGAUGCUAAUCUCUCAUCACCUAUUCAUCGAACAGAGAAUGUUUUUAAUGCUGAUGAUGAAUCUUCAGCUGCCUCGCGCAGCAUCAAGACACCAAAUCGCAGCAAUAGAUUAGCAGCACUUGCAAGCACUAUAAAUAGCUGGGAAGAUGAUUUGAGACAUCCACAGAUAACCAAAUCUCAACAGGCAACACCUGGAAAGAAAAGAAAUGUAGGUAGUGGCCCUGGACAGAAUGAUAAGGCAAGUGGUAGGCAUGUCACCUGGGGUGCUAAUGUUGGUGGUGCCCAGAACAGAGGCUUAAGUUUCAAGCGUGUGGGUUCUUUUGGAAAUGAAGAUGCUUCAAGCUCAGUCGUAGGUUAUCAGAAGCCUGAUGCAAAUGGGAGUAGCUCCUUGCCUAAGAAAGUUGCCUUGGAUAGUGCCACUAUGGAAUCAUUGGAAGAAGAAAACAAAGAGCCACCAUCUCCGAAACAGAAUGGCAAGGACAAAACUUUUAGCCCAGUCAGUUCGACCACGUCCCUGACAGGUUCCUCCAGUCCGUGUCACAGUCCUCGGAUGGGCGUGGCUGCUUUCCGGAGCUCUGCCCAACGCUUGCCGUCGAGCACUUCACCGGACAAGUCGCUCGCAAAGUCAUCGUCUGUAGAGUCUGGAAUAAGUGUGGCUGCGUGCAGGUCCUCGCCAGAGAAGAUUUUCGGUGCAGGAAGUCCCAAGAUGGGCAUUGGAUCGGUCUGUAAGGUGGUCGGCUCGGUGGAUAAGAGGGUAGGUUUGUCGGGCCCUCGGGCGGGGGCUGCGGGCAGCCCGAGGAAAGUGGACGUUUCACCGGGGAGUGUCCUCCAGAAGGCAGCUGCCUUUGAGUGUCACAGCCCAUCAAAGAAGACGGUGAAGGACCCGGCCGAGCUCCCCAUUUCGGAAAGGCUUGCUUUGUUCGAACGUAACAAGGGGCAACCUCCUUUGCCAAAGCCUGCAGUAGCUUUGGCAGUUUCCAAGAAGUGCGAGGUGAAGAAGCAGCUGCCUCGUGCUGAUUCUGCCUCAAAAGUUGUGAAUGCAGAACAGAAGCAAGUUUUGAAACCCGACACCAGCUCUUCAGCUGCAGCGACGCCGAGCACAGGCGGCGGUGCCGGUCCGUCAGGGCCGUCCAGCAGGGUCCUGGAGCAGCUGCAGAGGUUCGAGAGCGGCGUGAGUUGCGACAGCGACUGCGUGCGGGCCGCCAAGGAGGAGCGCCUCAAGGAGCUGCAGGCCUUGCACAGUCGCUGGAACAAGGCCAAGGACGCGCCCGCCGGCGACGAGAGAGCGGAGGUGCCCGCUGGCGACGAGAAGAGCGAGAUGCAGAAAGGCAUCGACAAGUGGCACAAGAACAGGAAAAUGGAAGGUGGUUGGGAAAAGAAGCAACCGGCGAACAACUGUUCGCCAGUACCUUCUGCGCCGCCCCUGCCGUCUGACUUACAGGUGCCUUCGCAGCCACAAAGUGUCGUAUCAUCUGAAGAUUCUCGGCAGGCUAAGAGAAUUGCUUCUGUUGAAACUCGACAUGUUAGAAUACAGAGUCCUGAGAGCCAGUAUCCUGCCGUCAAGGAUUUGAAGAAAAUUAAGGUAUCGCCACCAAAACCAGGGAAACUAUACCCAUGCCUCUCUGACAUCGAAGCCACUACAACUGAAACUGAAACAGAUGCAGCUGAUGAUGAAUGUCAGAGUGUAAGUUCGGAGGAUAUAUCUAGUUCUGUUCACGAUAUAAGUUUCGGGAGAGAGAUAAUGGAAGCAGCUGGUUUCAAGCAACAUCAAAGAAACAUUAACUUAAAUUUGAGCGAAAGUAGUAAUCUGUCUCAGGAAGAAUCUGCAGUCUGCGAUGACAUGGACGAUUUCUUGGAUGAAGCCCUAGCAGAUGACUCGGAUUCUGAUGCCAGCGCUCCCACUCCACCAAAGAAGCAUAGAAUUUCUAAUUCACCAGAGGUUGUUUGGAAAAAUCACGAUAGCCCUGCUACAUCACAGUCCAACAGUUUUGAGUACGUACAUGGGGAAAAUGCUUCCCAAUGUCCAUCUGCGAAAACAUCAGGUGGGAAUCCUCUCAUCACGCUGACCCACACAAUCAGUGUUUAUCGUCGGCAGCAGAACAUGGCAUGUAAAGGUACUCCGGUGAGGCAAGUUACCAGGAGGCCAGAUUGUGAGCAGUAUUCUUUACCUGAACACAGUUUGACUGCAAGAGUUGAGGCGGAUAUAAAUCAGAAAAUUUCUGAUCUUCUGGAUGAGGUUGGAAAACAACAAACUGUGAUCUCCCAAGCCAGCCAGGCGCUGAACUUGUGCUCAAACACUAUAGAAUUCAUGGGCUCAGCGGAGCAGGUGGAAGGGGAACGUCUGCUCCUGUUAGCAACACACAAGAGGCAAGCAUUGCUAAAUGAGAUACAACGUCUGAAAAUUGAAGGCACCUUGAAACCAAAAACUGGUUCGCAUGACAAUGAAGAACUUUUUGACAAAGGCAAUCUCACAGUUUCCCACGUUACUCUUCCACUGAAGAGGGACUACUUGCGUCAGAUGGCAGCAGACAACACGUGCCACCACUACGUGUGCCUGCUGCGGUGCCAGGAGCAGGUGCUGGCCACCCAGGUGCUGGCCGCCUGCCCGGAGAACCUCCUGACCGGCUCGUCCGCGCUGGUGUUCCCGGGACAGCUGCGCAUGGAGGGGCUGUACGGGGACUUCAAGGCCAGGCUGGAGGUGUACACCAUGCAGACGCCCAAGGAGAUCCUCCCGCACAACGUCAAGUACCACAUUCACAAGGACAGGAAGGAUUGUGGGAAGUUGCGCCUUACUCCAAAAAAAUUGAUGAAGCAGGAUUCCAAGCUCUUUAUGCCUGUCGUGCAGUCACCUGCUGGGCCUUCAGCAGUGCGCACGUCAAAUUUUCAAAUGACCGGCUUCGUCGUGUUUUCUUUGCGCGAAAUAAAACGCACUCACUUUACCCUGAAUAAGGUGACUUUCUCAUCACCUCUCGAAGGUAGUGUGCAAAUGCGCCUUAGUUCUGAGCUUACCCUUGACGUCACUGAACGAGGAUUCCUGAAUUUGUACCAAGACGUGUCUGGUCUGGGUUCACUGCUGCGUCGGUGGUUUGUGUUGAAAGGUUCAAGACUUUCAUAUUGGAGAUAUCCAGAAGAGGAGAAGAGUAUGGAACCAUUAGGCUACAUUGAUUUAAAUGGUUGCAUCACGGAUCUGAUCGGGCUCGUCCCUCGAAGCAUAUGCACACGUGCUAACACAUUCCUCUUGGAAAUUCGACGGCCGACUCGGCCAGAUGACGUAGACUCCCUGGUGAUGACAGUGGAAUCAUCGCACACUGUCGUCAGGUACUUCCUCACAGCAGACACGAAGGAAGAGCGUCUGCAGUGGUGUUACCAGCUCAAUAAAGCCCUUGCGAUGAUAAGAGCAUGGGGCGCAUUGUCCUCACAUUAAGUACCUUCUUAUUGUUUCAGUUCUCGAGCUCUCUAUUUUUGGAAUUACUAUUGAGUAUGUGAUAAAAAAAUCUGAAAUUUAGAAGAGUGCUUAGACAAAAAAAUUUAUUUUGUAGGAUUUAUAGUUAAAUAACACUUGCAUUUUUCAUAAUAUGCAUCACAUACAUUUCUGGUUCUUUUAAGUAUGUAGUGUAUAUGUUGUGUAUGAUUGCUUUAAAUGGAAUUACUUCAUCACAUACUAUAUUAAGUUGCUUAACCUUUUAAGGUUUACAUUUGUUUCCUUAAUUAUUUUUUAUAUAUAGAUUUUCUUACUUUUAUGGAAAAUUUCUAUAAUGUAUAUACAGAUUUAGUGUGUGUUAUGUUACAACAUGUAAAUCAAACAUAAUUGUAUGGUGAAAAAAUUUCCUGUACAAUUAAUUUUCAUUAAUGUUUGUGACAUUGCUAGUCAUGACUAAUUUUUCAUGUGGUAAAUAAUGAAUUCAUAUUUUAUUGUUUUAUACGUAAGAUUGCUCUCUAUUUUGAUGAAUAGGUUGUUAAAGAAAUUUUGUGUAUCUUUGUUUUUGGUUCAGAAUUAUUUUUAACUGUUUUGGUUGUUGGAUUUAGUCUAGGACCCAUGAUAUAACACAAGCUGCAUUGGAUCAGUUUUAAUUUGUAAUGCCUUAAUGUUUUUUUAAAGUUUGCCAGUUUAGUGCUAUUUGCUGCAAUAAAUAACUGUUUCCUCGUAAUAAAA